UCUCCUUUGGAACCAGUCGAACUUGUACCCGAGCCUAUAGUUGAAGAACCCGAGACUGAUGUCGGAGAUAUCACUGAUAUCGACAUCCGUCAAGCGGCUAAGCUCAAAGGCCCCGAAGCUCGGCGGUGGUUCGCCAGUCAGCUUAUGCUUCCGGAGUGGAUGAUUGACGUCCCUGAUCGUCUCGAUCACGAUUGGUAUGUAUUUGCAAGACCUUCUGGAAAACGAUGCUUUGUUGUUUCAUCAAAUGGAACAACUAUCAGCAGAUUACGCAAUGGCUCCCUCCUGCACCGAUUUCCUUCUUCUCUACCUAAUGGUGCUCGAACCAGAGAAGGUUCUCGAUCUGCCCAAUCAUAUUGCAUACUUGACUGCAUAUUUCACGAGUUGGAUCAAACGACAUUGAUGGGUGCUGAAACGGCGACGAGUAGUCGUAGCACAUCAGCUCUGUUGCUUCCAUCUUCCCAAUACAGCGAUGAUCGAAAAGAAAAGAAGGAGCAAGGAUUGGGGUUUGUUGGGGGUUGCUCAGAUCAACAGAAAAGAAAAAAGAUGGGGUUAGGCUAGAAUGGUUCUAUGGUGGGCGGAGAUGUAGCGGUUCACGGUGGAGUUUGGUAGUCGAAUGGAGGCUAGCAGGUGGUGCGGUGGCUAUCUCCAGAUUGCCGGAGGUAGCACAGCCCCUUCUUGUUCGUUGAAAUUGGGAACGAGAGAAAGAAAUGGGUAUAUGACCUGGAGAGAGAGAGAGAGAGAGAGAGAGAGAGAGAGAGAGAGAGGUGGGCCCUUUUUUAUUUUUUUAAUUGUUAAAAUAAAUAAAUAAAUAUUAAAUUUUAAGAAUAAUGAAAGAAAAAUGAAAAAUAAAUACCUCAAGGGUAUUAUAGUCAUUUCAGUUUUCGGAGGGACCAUUUUUGCAUACAAACCACUCCAAAAGGACUACGAAACCAAAAAAGUCACUGUUUGG